AUGAAAUUGAAGUGGGGUGGUCGUCCAUAUAAAGAUGAGAACAAGCGAAGAAAAGCUGAUCAAGUUUAUGGUACUACCGGCAGUCGAACAAUAGCAAAAGGCUGCAAGAGGGAAAAUACAAAAGUAAUCAAUGACGACGAAAUAGAUACAGAGCUGCUGUUGCCGCUGUUAUUGUUGUCCCCAGCAACUGCCUCGUCUUUUCACACUUUUGUCACGUCAAGCUACUCAUCAGUCUUACCGAGCGCGUCUGACGACGAAACUGGCACUAAAGAGUUGAAACAGUCGACAGAUGCUGUUCACGCUGCAAGUUAUUUUUACGGACUCGAGCUGCUUCAAGGUGCUAUUGACCAGAUGAGCAACGGAGAGACACGUCAGAUUUGUUUACAAGACCUGAAGAUCUUGCGGGAGUUUAUGUUGAAGAUUGAUGAAAAUGACAAUGCGAGCACAUUGUCGCCCACCGACACUUCUGCACCAAGCCUGUACAGUCAGGAUCUUGAAAAGAUUGAGGAGUAUUUGUCCUUGCAAGUACCCAAUUUCACCAUGGAGCUGAUGCCGCUUGUUUACACCCCGCGUCACAGAGCAUAUGAAAAUGACUUUUGCCCAAUUCUACAACAACAACAACAACAACAGCAGCCAAAUGGUUCAAGUUAUGAGAUGUUUUUCAAUUCAAUCCCGCCUUCGCUAGAGGCAUUGCCUUCGCUAUUGCUAGAAGUUCCGUUUUACAAGAGCUUGUUACAUUUUUGGGUUAAUGUUGCAUCACAACAUUGCGUACCAGUGCCUUCCCAUAUAUACAGAGAGAAUCCUUUUAAAGUAUUGCUUCCUCAGAUGGCUAUGGAAUAUCCUUCCAUCUUAACAACAUUAUUGGCGUUCUCAGCCAAAAUGAGGUCACAAUUGAUUGGCUCGGAUGAUGUGCCUGAUGUGAUCAUUGAUACACUAUUAUCUAGGUCCUGUACUGAACUAUUGAAGCUACUUCAAGACGAGUCAAAAGCAGCUUCGGAUGAAGCUUUAACUACAGCUUUGCUUUUAUCAUGUUUUGAGACCCUCAACUCAAAGGAUUUAAACAAACAUCGCGUGCAUACUAUUGGAGCAAGACAGAUGAUCAAAGCAAGAGAAGCCAAUUUGCUACCAAAAAAAAGCGAUAAGGACGUGACAUUUUUCCUAUUGCGAUGGUUUGUAUACAUGGACGUUAUCGGAGCUCUCUCGGCAUCUUCGAACUCUGACCAAUAUCUUUUGAUAAGUGGAGACGCUGGUUCCUAUGAACCAGUUAACUCGUUGACAACUUUGAAUGUUGCAAACCAAGUGGUGAUGAAUAGAAGUAGUCAUAAUAUUGAUCUCUUGAUGGGGUUUGACUUGAAACUUUUGUCGUAUUUUGUCAAGAUUACUUUAGUAGCCCGAAAGACCACGGCGUACUUAAAGCAACCGGGGGCAGCCCCUAAAACCAUUCCACAGGAGAUUAUUUGUGAGGCAUUGGAGAUUGAGAAAGCGCUACAAAAUGGAUGUUCGGCAGACAUUGAGUUUAUUGAGCCGGGAAACCUGUUGAAAAGGAAGGAGGCUGAAAUUCUAAAAUGCACAAAUAAAAUUUUUUGUGACUGUGUCACAAUUCAUUUAUACAGACGAGGUCUUCGGGUCCCAAGGAACUCGUCGCUUGUUCAGACCCUAGCCAGAAACGUUGGUUUGUUAGCAAAGAAAAAUAUACCUGCAAAGUCCACUACAGAAACGUGUUGUGUAUUUUGUUUUUUCACUGCUGGAUGUGAAACAUUGGAUAUUACAAUGCAACAAUUUUUUGAAGAAAGAUUUAAGGGGUUGAGUGAUUUGGGUAAUAUCAGCGCAAGAAAAGCUUUGAGAGUAAUGAGACAAUGCUGGACUACUGGAGACGAUUGGAUAGAUGCCGCAGAGAAAUUGAACUUGGAUCUUGCUCUCUUUUGA